CAAAACCCCAUAUAACGCCCACCCUGCCAUAGGUUUGGAGGCGCAAAUGGGGCUGAAAUGAGAUGUUGAGGACUGUGUGGAGACCCAAUAACGCUGCUCCAAUGAAGUCUGUCACUGCUAUUUCUUCCUCCAUUCCUUCUCUUAACAAAGCUUUCCGAACUCUCUUCACUCUCUCCUCCGCCACAACAAAUCCUACUGCUCUCCACGUUCUCCCAGGCCUAACCCUACAGAACUCUCCGCUAUGCCGUCGGCCGAUUACUCUCACUUUCUCAGUCAUUCUCCGUCGCCAAUCGCAUUCUGUUGUGAACCACGGCUUCAUUUCCUCUCGUAAGAAGCCUAACUUCGCCGUCGUCAAAUGCAUCUCUUCUAUAUCCUCAUCGGCGCACACUGUGGACUGGAACGACGCCGUUUCGUGCUCGGAGAUUGGGCUGAGUGAAGCUGAAGAAUUGGCUUUGGAGCAGGAAGAGGAUGAUGAUGCUAGUGCUACUGCUAUUAAGCCAUAUGUCCCCGUUAGGGCUUUCUUUUUCUCUACUAGUGUGGAUUUGAGGAGCUUAGUGGAAAAGAACAAGCAGAAUUUUAUUCCACCGACUUCUCGAAUGACCAAUUAUGUUGUUUUAAGAUUUGGGGACACCAAGAAGGCACCUAGUGCUUUAGGUGCUAACUUAAGUGGCAGUGACUGCUGUUACAUGGUAGUUUUCCAGUAUGGCUCGAUUGUCUUGUUUAAUGUCUCUGAUCACGAGGUUGAUGGGUACCUGAAGAUUGUCGAGAGACACGCUUCGGGGUUAUUACCGGAGAUGAGAAAGGAUGAAUAUGAGGUGAGAGAGAAGCCAACUUUGACCACGUGGAUGCAAGGUGGAUUAGACUACAUAAUGUUGCAGUAUAUGAAUAUUGACGGUAUCCGAACCAUUGGCAGUGUUCUUGGUCAAAGUAUUGCUCUUGAUUACUAUGUCCGCCAAGUUGACGGAAUGGUUGCUGAGUUUACAGACAUCAAUCGUGGAAUGGAAAAGACUGGAACUUUCACUAUGGAGAGGAAAAAGCUUUUCCAACUGGUUGGCAAGGCAAAUUCUAAUCUUGCUGAUGUUAUUCUUAAGCUAGGACUUUUUGAAAGAUCGGAUAUCGCAUGGAAGGAUGCGAAAUAUGCUCAAAUUUGGGAAUAUCUUAGAGAUGAAUUUGAGUUGACUCAAAGAUUCGCGAGCCUUGAUUUUAAGUUGAAGUUUGUGGAGCAUAAUAUACGAUUCCUUCAAGAAAUUCUUCAGAAUAGGAAGUCAGAUUUCCUCGAGUGGCUCAUUAUUAUAUUGAUAGGUGCAGAGAUCCUCAUUUCGGUUUAUGACAUUGCCCACAAGUCGUCUAUCGCGCUGUAGGGUUAGCUUCUGAAGUGUUGGAAAUUUGAAACAUCCCAUUGCACUCUAAUUAUGGCCUGGAGUGCUGUACAUAUGAAAUCCUCAAAUAACAUAUCUAUAUGGUAUACGGCACUUGGUCUAUGUUAAUUGUAAAUGCAUGUUCACUUUAUUACAGUAGGAAGGUACAUAAUUUAAGCUUAAUGCCCCAAAGUAGGGUGAAUUUUAUUUAGCGGAAAUUGCAUUUUUUUGUGCCUUUCUCCUGUAAGUUCUGAUGUUCUUUCAUUUUAUUUUUGUUUGACUUCCCCCUCUUGGUUUCUUUUAGAGAAUCUGACAUUUUCCAAGUGAAGUCAAUGAAAUGCUAGUGUUUUUUUUUG